UAACGGCGCGGCGGCCGCGCGGCCCGGGGAAACGAAACUCGGCGGCAGCGGGCGGGGCUCCGCGCUCGCUUUCGUUCUGCGUCACCCGACGCCGCGGGGAAAGGCGGCGGCUCGGCCGAGCCCCGCAGACGGCUGCGGCGGCGGCGCACGGAGCAGGGCCAGGACUCGGAGGCGACGCAGCAGCCGGCACCGCCGCGAUGAUCACUCUCGUCUGCGCGGCCGUCGGGGCCGUCACCGGCCUGGGCGUCGCUAACCUGGGCGUCCCCGCGGCGCUGGCGGCGCUGGGCUUCACCGAGGGCGGGAUCGCGGCCGGCUCCACGGCCGCUGCCAUGAUGUCCUCGGCCGCCGUGGCCAACGGCGGCGGGGUGGCGGCCGGCGGGCUGGUGGCCUUCCUGCAGUCCGUCGGGGCUGCGGGACUCUCCGGAGCCGCGCAGGCGGCCACCUCGGCCGUGGGGGCCGUCAUCGGAGCCCUGCUGUGACCCCCCCCCGGUGCCGCCGCCGCCGCCGCCCGGACCCCCGCCCGGACCCCGCCGCGUCUCGCUGCGCCCCCCCGCGCUGAGCCCCUCCCCGCCGGCCCCGCCGGCCCCGCUGCUCCGGCUGCACCUGAGCCCCCAAAUAAAGACGUUCUGCUUUCCUCCCUC